AUGAAGGAGCCAAACUCAUUCAAAGAAGCAGUAAAAGACAAGAGGUGGAUACAAGCAAUGCAACAAGAAGUGAAGGCUUUGGAGGAUAACAGGACUUGGGAGGUAGUUCCUAUACCUGUUGGGAAAUUCAUAAUUGGUUCCAAAUGGGUAUACAAGAUCAAGUAUAACUCAAAUGGAAAAGUAGAAAGAUUCAAAGCAAGGCUUGUGGCAAAGGGAUACAAUCAGCAGGAAGGGUUGGAUUAUCAUGAGACAUUCUCACCAGUUUCCAAAAUGGUAACUGUGAGAUCUGUCAUAGCUAUUGCAGCUUCUAAAGAUUGGAAGCUUCAUCAAAUGGAUGUGUAUAAUGCAUUUCUUCAAAGAGAUCUACAAGAAUAA